AAUUGAAUUGGGAACAAACAUUUUUUCUCAAUCUCUUCCUCGUCACUCUCACCGUCUCACGGAAUCUCCAUUGAAGCAGCCAUAGAGAACCUUCAAUGGCUUCAAUGGCUGCCGUUCUCAGCAAAACCGCUUUCCUUUCUCAGCCACUAACCAAAUCUAUCAAUCCCGAUUUCCCCUUCGCCGCCGCAACCGCCGCUUCCGUUUCCUUCCCUUCGAAAUCGCGAACCCUUCGCGGAGGAAUCCGAGCUGGUCUGAUCGCGCCCGAUGGCGGGAAGCUGGUGGAGCUCGUCGUGGAGGAGCCACGGCGGCGAGAGAAGAAGCACGAGGCGGCGGAGCUGCCGCGCGUAGAGCUGACCGCGAUCGACCUGCAAUGGAUGCACGUCUUGAGCGAAGGCUGGGCAAGCCCACUCGGAGGUUUCAUGAGAGAAUCCGAGUUCCUCCAAACUCUUCAUUUCAACUCGCUGCGUCUUGACGACGGCUCCGUCGUCAACAUGUCGGUGCCUAUUGUCCUCGCUAUUGACGACGAGCAAAAGGCCCGGAUCGGCGAGUCUAAACGCGUCGCACUUGUUGAUUCCGACGGUAAUCCCGUUGCUAUCCUCAGCGACAUUGAGAUUUACAAGCAUCCCAAGGAAGAAAGGAUAGCCAGAACUUGGGGUACAACCGCACCAGGUUUGCCGUAUGUAGAAGAGGCGAUAACUAACGCCGGAAACUGGCUGAUCGGUGGUGAUCUUGAGGUUCUAGAGCCAGUCAAGUACAACGAUGGGCUUGACCGUUUCAGGCUUUCACCUGCUGAGCUCCGCAAAGAGCUAGAGAAGCGUGAUGCGGAUGCUGUCUUUGCUUUCCAGCUCAGGAACCCGGUUCACAAUGGUCAUGCACUCCUUAUGACUGAUACUCGUAGGAGACUUCUUGAGAUGGGAUACAAAAACCCUAUCCUUUUGCUUCACCCAUUAGGAGGUUACACAAAGGCUGAUGAUGUUCCUCUAAGUUGGAGGAUGAAGCAGCAUGAGAAGGUGCUAGAGGAUGGUGUUCUCGAUCCAGAGACAACAGUGGUUUCGAUAUUCCCAUCUCCAAUGCAUUACGCUGGUCCAACCGAAGUGCAAUGGCACGCAAAGGCUAGAAUCAAUGCUGGUGCUAACUUUUACAUUGUGGGUCGUGAUCCAGCUGGAAUGGGUCAUCCAGUAGAGAAACGUGAUCUUUACGAUGCUGAUCAUGGAAAGAAAGUACUAAGCAUGGCUCCUGGACUUGAACGACUCAACAUCCUUCCUUUCAGGGUUGCUGCAUAUGACAAGACGCAAGGCAAGAUGGCUUUCUUCGAUCCCUCGAGGCCUCAAGACUUCUUGUUCAUAUCCGGCACUAAGAUGCGCACAUUGGCAAAGAACAAAGAAAACCCUCCGGACGGAUUCAUGUGUCCAGGUGGAUGGCAAGUUCUGGUUGAUUACUAUGACAGCUUGACUCCGGCAGGUAAUGGUAGACUACCGGAAGUGGUUACGGCCUAAGACUAAGACAAAGAAAAAGACAAAGAAGCUGUCUUUAUUGAUUCGUUUCAAAUGGUAUGGUUUUGUAACUUUGUGUGGUAGGCCUUGUGGCAACAAUCAUGGUUGUAUAGGAGAAAGCCUAUUUAUAAAUCUGGCCGGACCUAUUUUCGAAAUAAAUACAAUAAGUCUUUUUUUUCUUCCUUCCAACGACCGAAUGAAACUUGUACCAUAUGAAACGAUUGUGUUUAUAUAAUAAGUACAACAAAAUGCAGUUUUUGCUU